CCAGACUCCAAAAGUUCGGCGGCUUCGUAAGUGUUGGAGACAACUGGUCCCAUCUCAAAGACCUUGGACUUAGAAAGCUACAACUAUAAAAUAAAAAAGGGAAUUUAACGUCGCCGAACAACAACAACCGUUUGUUAUUCACGACGCAAUUACAGGUCCCAUGCGCGGCGAGUCUCUUGCUGUCGCGACCCUUUUCUUCUUUCUUUAAUUCCCAAUUGACCACUAAGACAUCCCCCCAAUAUGAAGUCCUUAGUGUCCUUCCUCGUCCUGCUCUUCGCAGCUAUCGUGCAUGCGAUCAGCUCUAGCGGGGACAGGUUGUUGGUUGUUCUGGAGGAUGUCGCCGAGAAAGAUGCCUACUCUGAAUUCUUAGGCGACCUAGAAGGUCGUGGAUUUCAGAUUAACUACGAAACACCUAAAAGCGAGGGCCUACGAUUGUUCCACCUAGGAGAAAAGUCCUAUGACCACGUUCUAUUUCUACCAACCAAAUCAAAGGGUCUUGGUCCCAACUUAACACCCCAGAUUUUACUCGACUUUAUCAACGCCAACGGCAACAUCCUCCUCGCUCUUUCAGCCUCCCAACCCGCACCCACCUCCAUUGUUUCUCUACUUCUCGAGCUCGACAUUCACCUCCCUCCUGACCGACAAGGCCUUGUUGUUGACCACUUCAACUACGACGUUUUGUCCGCCUCGGAAAAGCAUGAUGUGUUGCUUCUCCCGCCCCCGGGCCCGCUUCGAGCGGACGUCAAUGAUUUCUUCAGUCCUGAGUCAUCUAGUGGGGAGCUCAUUGCAUUCCCAGCAGGCAUGCCCCAGACCCUUGGCUCAGGUGCCCUACUCGCCCCGAUCCUGCGCGCUCCCGACACAUCUUACAGUUACAAUCCGAAAGAACAAGCCGAAAUCGUCGACGAGCUCUUCGCAAGUGGAGCUCAGCUCUCCUUAGUUAGCACUCUACAGGCGCGCAACUCGGCCCGCUUCACUGUUCUCGGCUCUGCGGACUUAUUGAGCGACAAGUGGUUCGAUGCUAAGGUUAAGAAGGCUGGGGAGAAGAAGGAGGUUGCUACUGCUAACCGCGACUUUGCUAAGAGAAUUUCUGCCUGGACUUUCAAGGAAACUGGUGUUUUGAGAGUCAAUUGGAUUGAGCACCACCUCAACGAGGCUGGCCAGAGUAACGCAAGCAACCCUAAGAUUUACCGUAUUAAGAACGAUGUCACAUAUUCCAUUUCCCUCUCCGAAUAUUCCUGGGAUAAAUACAUCCCCUUCACCGUCCCCGAAUCCGACGACCUACAACUCGAGUUCAGCAUGCUUUCGCCUUUCCACCGUCUUCACCUAGAACCUACCAUUUCCUCCGAAGAUAGCACAACCUACUCUGUUUCUUUCAAGCUCCCCGAUCAACACGGUAUCUUCAACUUCAAGGUCAAUUACAAGAGACCUUUCUACACCAAUGUCGAGGAGAAGAACACCGUUUCUGUCCGUCAUUUCGCUCACGACGAAUGGCCCCGCAGUUUUGUGAUUUCCGGUGCGUACCCCUGGAUCGCGGGUAUUGCGAGCACGGUUGUGGGGUGGAUUGCGUUUUGUGGUAUUUGGUUGUAUAGUAAACCCACUGCUACUAAGGAGAGCAAGAAGACGCAGUAAGGAGGAAUAUAAAAUGAAGGGGGGAUGAAUACGGAUAAUGGACAAAAUGGACACGAUCAUGUGGCUGCUACGAUAAGGAAAAAGGAUAGAGAAAUUAUCCCAUUGAUGUAAUUACGCCAGGUGUUACUGUAUUCCCCGUCUUAUGAUUGCUAAGUGUGGAAUGUAUAAAAAUGGGACUAAGCCAUGAUACCUAUUGAGAGGUGACCGGUGGGGAUAGCCGUGAUGACAGGCUAGUGGUGAAAUUUCAUAAGGCUUACGAAUUGAGCAGAAAUCAAAGAAAUGUUUCUACGUAGA